AUGGCGCCCUCACUUGUCACCAUCAACUCCGCUGAGCCUCUUGAGAAGAUAAUCAAGAUUAUUGAGCGAGAUGGCGGUGUCAUUGUCUCCAACUUUCUAUCCCCAGAUCUCUUGCAAGAGUGCAUGAACGCGAUCGAACCGUUCUUCCAGGGCCGCAAGACUUACAACUCGAAGGCUACUCACGAAGAACUUGGUCCUGACUUCUUUCCAGAGGGCUCACAGCGCAUCUACGCCCUCCUAGCCAAAAUUCCAGACCAACUCAGCAAAAUCGUACGCCUUCCCGUCUGGCAGGGCAUCAUGGGGCAGUUCCUAAACACCACAAGUGACGAAUUCUCAUCAUACACCGGCGAGCGACUCGUUCCCCAGAAGAGCGGAUACAUGCUCGCUUCCACUGCAGCUCUUCGUCUGGUGCCAGGAGCCAAACCACAACCACUACACAGAGACCAAAUCGCCUACCAGACCCGACCAGAUCCCAACAACCCAUUCUUCACCCCCAUGGUCGGCUGCUUAAUCGCCGGAUCCAAGAGUACAUACAAGAAUGGGGCCACCGCCGUGAUCCCCGGUAGCCACCUCUGGGGCGCCGAGCGCAUGCCCAAGGUCGAAGAAUGCACAUAUGCAGAGAUGGAACCGGGCUCUGCACUCUUUACCCUUGGUUCAACCUAUCACGGCGCAGGCGAGAACAAAUGCGACAAGACAGACCCGUUGGCUCUCCGCACGCUCUUUGCCGUCUUUGGCCAGCGAGACUACUUCCGCCAAGACCAGGAGGAAAUUCUCUCGACGCCGAUUGAGGUUGCCAGGAGACUGCCGGAUGAUAUUCUAAGGAUUGCUGGGUAUUACAAAGCCGUUGGCGGGGUGGGAUACGUAGAAGACCACCAGAGUCCAGUUGAAUUCUUACACAGGGAUGAUCUUGGGACGGGGAAAUUUGGGGUUGCGAGUUUGGCUGUUUGA